CUGAAAGUUCUCUGAAGUUAAGAGCGGACUGUACCACUGCAGUGAGCGCGCGGGGGGGGUCUCGGUGGGCGGAGGGAGAGUGUGUUCCUGCUGGUCCCGCCUCGACUCAGCUCGGGAAAACUCUUCGGGGGUAUAAAAUGAACGGAGAGCGCUGCAUUAUGCAACCGAAUGAACUUCGCCUGGUGGUCUUCACGCUCUUUCACACACACCGAGUCGUAGCGCCUGCGCGCGUGCCUGAGCCCCUGUGUGUGCGCGCACGCGUGUGCGACUUUCGUUCCUGAGCUCCGGCGUGGACCGCGAGCCCUCGUCUCUCCUCUCCCUGUGUCUCGCGCUCUGAGAGCCCCGCCGGUGGAGUGAACCAUGGCCGGAGACGGCACGGACCAGCGCGCGCUGCAGUACGAGCAGACUUUGAUGUAUGGCCGCUACACUCAGGAGCUGGGUGUUUAUGCGAAGGAAGAAGCGGCGCGGCUGAGGGAGGAGGCGGCGUUCAGGCGGCUGGUGACGGAGCGGAGUCGGUCGCUCGACCUGCUCGAGUACGACAAGAGCCGCUGCGCAAAGUGCAGAAUCUGUACAGUGCACUGUCAGAAGUUCCUGAUCUCUCGGGUCGGCGAGGACUGGAUCUUUCUCAUUCUGCUUGGCCUGGUCAUGGCGCUCGUCAGCUGGGUGAUGGACUUCUGCAUCGCACUAUGCCUACAAGCCCAGAAGUGGAUGUAUGGAGGUUUGGACAGUAAUGUGGUGCUGCAGUAUCUGGCCUGGGUCACCUAUCCAGUAGUCCUCAUCAGCUUCUCAGCAGGUUUUACGCACAUAGUAGCACCGCAGGCUGCUGGUUCUGGUAUUCCAGAGAUGAAGACUAUUCUGAGAGGAGUCGUAUUGAAGGAGUAUCUCACAUUAAAAACCUUUGUGGCCAAAGUCAUUGGCCUCACCUGUGCCUUGGGAAGCGGGAUGCCUUUAGGCAAAGAGGGUCCGUUUGUACACAUCGCGAGUCUGUGUGCUGCCCUGCUGAGUAAGUUUAUGUCUCUCUUCGGGGGAAUUUACGAGAAUGAGUCUCGGAACAUAGAGAUGUUGGCGGCUGCGUGUGCGGUGGGUGUUGGCUGCUGCUUUGCUGCCCCCAUUGGAGGUGUUCUCUUCAGUAUAGAGGUCACUUCCACGUUCUUCGCUGUGAGGAACUACUGGAGAGGCUUUUUUGCUGCUACUUUCAGUGCCUUCAUCUUCAGAGUGCUGGCUGUGUGGAACCGAGAUGAAGAGACCAUAACUGCUCUCUUCAAGACUCGAUUCCGGCUCGAUUUUCCCUUUGACCUCCAGGAGCUGCCAGCGUUUGCUGUAAUUGGGAUAGCGAGUGGUUUUGGUGGAGCGCUGUUCGUCUAUCUGAACCGACUGAUCGUCCAGUUCAUCAGGAAACAGAAGGCCAUCAACAAGUUCCUCAUGAAGAAGCGUUUGUUGUAUCCUGCUUUGGUCACCCUACUGAUCUCCACCCUGACCUUUCCCCCAGGAUUCGGACAGUUCAUGGCAGGCCAGCUGACCCAGAAGGAGUCGCUGGUCACUCUGCUGGAUAACCGGACGUGGGCCAAGCAGGGCAUCGCUGAGGAGUUUGAGUACAUCGGCCACGCGGCCGCCUGGAAGCACCCUCAGGCCAACGUCUUCAUCACCCUCGUCAUCUUCAUCGUCAUGAAGUUCUGGAUGUCUGCCCUCGCCACUACCAUCCCGGUGCCCUGUGGCGCCUUCAUGCCAGUUUUUGUCAUUGGUGCUGCUUUCGGCCGGUUGGUGGGAGAAAGCAUGGCAGCCUGGUUUCCUGAGGGGAUCCACUCAGACGGGGUGGUCUAUUCUAUAGUACCAGGAGGAUACGCUGUAGUGGGUGCUGCAGCGUUAUCUGGAGCGGUCACACACACAGUGUCGACGGCGGUGAUUGUGUUCGAGUUAACGGGUCAGAUCAGUCAUAUUUUACCCAUAAUGAUAGCGGUUAUUUUGGCCAAUGCUGUGGCUCAGAGUCUGCAGCCGUCCAUCUACGAUUCCAUCAUCCGCAUCAAGAAGUUGCCCUACCUGCCUGAGCUCGGCUGGGGACACCACGAGAAGUAUAACAUUCGUGUAGAGGACAUCAUGGUGAGGGAUGUGAGGUACAUCACUCUUAACUGCACUUACAGAGACCUGCAUGAUGUCUUGUUAACAGAACGACUCAAAACUCUCGCGCUGGUGGAGUCCUCAGAGUCGAUGAUCUUGCUGGGCUCUAUUGAGCGCGCUCAGUUGCAGGCUCUGCUGUCCCAGCAGCUCGGUCGCCCGCGGCGACUGGAGUACCUCCGCCAGCGGGCUCAGAACGAGAGGAAACAUGCGUCCAUCGUUAGCACACCCAGCAGCGAGGAGGGAAACCACAAAGCCAACCAUGAAGUCCGCUUCCAGAUUUCUACAGAGGAGUCCACGUUCAGCCCGAGCCGCUCUGUCUCACCUAAACCUCUGAAACCUGCACUGAAGAGACAUUCGGUGGUGGAGAGAGGCACCGAGAUUCCUUCAAGUCAGGAUUCAGGCAUUGCUUUAAAGAGUUUGUUCUGUGCUCACCCAGAGGCUGCAGCAGUGGAGGAUCCAGAUGUAGAGGAUGAUAUGACCAUGAGAGAGAUUGCCGAGUGGGAGGAGUUACAGCUUGACGAGCAGGUCAACUUCAACAACUGUAAGAUUGACCCCGCCCCUUUUCAGCUCGUAGAGCGCACCUCACUGCACAAGACUCACACUAUUUUCUCUCUGUUGGGCCUGGACCACGCCUACGUCACCAGCAUCGGACGCCUCAUAGGAGUCGUAUCGCUACGAGAGCUCCGCAAAGCCAUCGAGGGCUCCGUGACGGUGAAGGGGGUGAAGGUGCGCCCCCCUCUGGCCAGUUUCAGGGACAGCGGCACCAGCAGCAGCGACGCAGAAGUGACGGAGCUCCACAAACUGUGGAACCGUCACACCAACCUGACCCUGCCUCAGGACCACCAGCCCUCAGACUCUGAUGAGAAGUCCCAGUGAAGGGAGAUAAGAGAAGAAAAGGGAAAAAUGGAGGGAAAACAGAUGAAUGAAGAGGACAGAACGGACGAGAGUUGUAACCGACGGCCGAAUUUUCAUCUUUUAAGAGCGACGGACAAAAAAAAAUGUUCUGUAUUCGCGGAGUGCUUUUGUCCCCGCCCACUCAGACUCCACCCCCUUUCUGACCCAUUCUAUCAUGUCCCGCCCCUCCUGCACUGAUUCCUUUCUUUAUUUGAGAAGGCGAGGACCUUUUAGAGCUCUCUUUGCUGUUGGUUUUGAAAAGGGACCUACUUUUUUAACACUAAGCGCCACUUUUCUUCUGUUCUUCUCCGUCUCUUCUUCUCGAGCGCGUCUUCCUAAUGAAUGCGUCCCUCGCCAGAAAGUGCGAUUAUGUGAGUGAGUCAGAGAGAGAGAGAGAUGAAGAAAGAGAAUUUCAGUCCUCAGUGCUGCAAUUUUUUUUAAAAAUUGCAGAACUUUUUUAGAAAUUUUUGAAUAUUUUCAAAAUACAGAUUUAGCUUUUUUCUCGUACACUAAGACACGCAAAGAUAAACACUCAUUUAGUGAGAUCUAAUGUGUCCUUAAAUACUGACCAGUAUCCUUUGUCACAUACACUGACCACUAAACAGGCUAGUUUCUCCGCAGCCUCAUUUGCUUUCAUGUAUAUGUAAUUUAAUUCCGAACGCUACAGAUUUUUGUACUAAUUUAGCUAACAGCGAUGCACUUUUAUUUUGUAAAACCCUUUUUUUUUGUUGAACUAACAGCUACAGGACACUUCGCUUGGGCAAAGUGCCAAAACUUGCACGAGACUGACCAAACGCUAACACCACAGUUUAGUCGGAAGUGGCAGAUUAACCUACGCUAUCUAUUUAUUAGUAUUUUCUCUAUUUAUUUAACUGACUGCAGUUAUUAACCCGAUGCUUUCUGCUGCUUAAAAAUGGCAAGAUUAAAGUUGUAGUUCGGCGAAAAGUGUAACAUACACAAUCCCAGCCUUUUCCCACAUGUAGUCAAUCAGCCAAGACACGUUUGGUGCCUUUAGUUUAGGCUAAUGUAGCUAAUAAGUAACAUAAAUAUAUUAGCAUUAGCAUAAUGCAAACCACAGGCCUAAACUAUCUCUCACUUGCCUCAAACAAUGUCCAGCUGUCAUUUCAAACAGGCACGCGGUUCACAUAAUGCUAACUGGUGAAAAUAAGCUUCUAUUGCUUGUUAGCUACAUUAGCAUCAUAGCACAAGUGCUAAAACUAAAGAAGCAAAAUUGUCUUUGGUGAUUGGCUACAUGUGGUUUAAGGGGGAAACUUCAAUUGUGAAUUGAUUUUCCUCCAAACUAUCACUUUAAUUUCUCUAUUGGCUCGAGUGAAUUGUCUUGUAUUCUGUGUUUAUUCCUGUAUUUAACAUCCGUCUUACGAUGUCAUGCUGAUUCGCUGAUCUUUAAACAGUGUCCACCAACAGUAUUUAAUCUUUACUGUGCACAAAACAUUGUAACGUUACUCGAACAUCAGUGAAUCUGAAUGUCGGAACGUCUGAACACGCAACGCACUUGAACAAACAUUUCUAAUUCCUGCUGAAUUCCAGCCUGCUCUUUUCUGAAGGAUAGUGACCUAAGAUGACCCGCUUCCAGUCCAGCCCUUAUGGGUCCAACCACCUGUCCACGUUUUAGUCCGAACACACCCGGUAAUCAGCACUUGUAUGACCCAAGGUAGGUCUUAAAGGGAGAAGGUGAUGCUACUUCUAAUCUUCAUGAGAUGGAGGUAGAAAUGAUUAACAGUAUUUACUUAAAGGAGUAGUUCAGUGAAUAGUCCACAUGUGCGCAGCUCACUCCAUAACCUGAAUGUAGUCAGUUAGCCAAGACACUGAAGUUUGCUUCUUUAGUUGUAGCACUGGAGCUAUGGGGCUAACAUUGCUAACAAACACUAGAAGUCAGUAGUCACCCAAAUCUUUUCAGUUUUGCACUGGAGCCACUUUUUUGAUAUACAAACAACAACACGGGGUUAAAUAUUUAAAAAUGAAUUUAUUUUAAACCAAUUUUUACUAAUAUUUUCCAACUUAAGUGACCAAAUUCUCAUUAGCGCAGCAUUAGAAGAAAAAUGUGUAAACAGUACUUUUGUAACCAGUUUUGGUUUUCAUAAUCUGUAUACAGUUGUAACUUAGUAAAACAUAUAAUAUACAGACAUAUAAUGACUAUAUAUAAGUAUUUUGCAAUUUUUUCUCAUUACAGCAACACGUUGACAGACAUUGGGGUUAGUCUUUUUACUUGUUUUUACAGUUUACAGUUAAGGAAAUUAACAGUGAAAAUUAAUGCAGACUCAAUUUUUUUUCUAAUUAAAAAAUAAAAAAAUUGACACAUCACAGUGAUGAGAAUUAGGAUUAAAAAAUUCUUAAAAAAUAAUAGAAAUAAUAAAAUUAAUGAUUAGUCAUUUUGCUGUACCUGACAGAGCUCCAGGUGAUCUACAAAGUUAUAUAAAUGUAGUUUAUCUCUGUGAUGAUUAUGACCGGAUUUUUCGGACAUGGUUUGAAACGGCUUCGUAAGAAUGAUGUCACACGACCGUUUUCCAGUGUCUCUUUAGCCUUUAGAAUUAAACCAGCUAAUCAUGCUUUACCAGUUGCAGAACACUGUUGAUUGUUUUGGAUAACAUUAUGCUUAAUGAAUUACUGAUAUAACCUAAUUGAGUUAAUGUAGAGUAAUUCCAGGUAGUUGCUAUGGUGUUGUUAGGGCAUUGCUUGGUGGUUGUUAGGUGGUUCCUAAGGUGUCACUAGGCUGUUAUAAGUGUAAUAUCCCAGGUGGUUGUUAAAGUGUUGUUAGGCCAUUAUUUUGGAAAUCCCAGGUGGUUGCUAAAGUGUUGCUAGGCUGUUAGUGUUGUAUCCCAGGUGGUUGUUAAAGUGUUGUUAAGCCAUUGCUUUGGGUAUCCCACAUGGUUGCUAAGAUGUUGUUAAACUGUUGCUAUGGUAUCCCAGGUGGUUAUUAAAGUGUUGUUAGGCCAUUACUUUGGGAAUCCCAAGUAGUUGCUAAAGUGUUGCUAGGCUGUUAGUGUUGUAUCCCAGGUGGUUGUUAAAGUGUUCUUAGGCCACUGCUUUGGGUAUCCCAGGUGGUUUUUAAAGUGUUGUUAGGCCACUGCUUUGGGUAUCCCAGAUGGUUAUUAAAGUGUUGUUAGGCUACUGCUUUGGGUAUCCCAGAUGGUUGCUAAGGUGUUACUAGGCUGUUGCUAUGUUAUCCCAGGUGGUUGCUAAGGUGUUGCUAGCAUACUUGGUGAAACAAGCCAUAAGAAAUAAGAGGAAUGUACAGAAACAUUUGGCUACAGAGUGUAUACUCACUGGUGAAAUAAAAAGUAGAAGUAUAGUGAUUUUAGAAGUGGAAGGUCUCAUUUUCAGGAUGUUGAGCAUUCGUUCUUUCAUUCCUAACGAAAAAUCUAAGACUGUGUUUGAGUGCUGUAUGAACACUAAGUCAAAUUUUAGUCAAGUUAAAAAGGAAAAGCAACCUAAUAAGGUAUAUCCUCUGUGAUCCUACAAAGUUUGGCAGUUUUAAAGAGCUGUAGAAGGAGUAAAUGUUUGACUAUAGAAUAAUUAU